ACAUGGGAUUUUCUAUUUUGUCGGGUCCCACCAACGCCUCUUCUCCAAUUUUGUGCUGCCUCUAUUCUUCUUCCUACGUAAGAAGGGGAUGAGUACGGCGAUAUUGUUAACCUUAGUUAGCAGGGCAUUAGUUUGGGAAAUAGUUUUAACCCAACAUCAAUUUGGAAAAUAUUUGUAUAUUCAACAUUAAUUUGGGAAAAAUCUCAAAAUUUUCUUCAAUCUUAUUAUAGUCAUGUUUACAGUUGACUCUUGAAGUUGAAGCAGAUAUUCAUGCAACUUGGAAGUAUAUGUGCGCUAAUUUGGAGGUUACCAUCUUGAAAAAAGAAUGGCGACGGGAAUGGUAAUGCAUACGGGGGGAUGCCAUUGCAAGAGAGUGAGAUGGCGUGUGAGGGCACCAGCUAGUGUUGUUGCUUGGGCAUGCAAUUGCUCUGACUGCUCCAUGAGAGGAAACACCCACUUCAUUGUUCCAUCUCAAGAGUUUGAGCUUCUUGGAGAUUCCCAGCAAUUCCUUACCACCUACACUUAUGGUACUCAUACUGCAAAGCAUAUUUUCUGCAAAGUCUGUGGGAUUACUUCCUUCUACAUUCCACGGACGAAUCCGGACGGAAUAGCCGUUACAUUCAGGUGUGUGGAUCACGGCACCCUAUCUCAUGUUGAGAUCAAACAGUUUGAUGGAACCGAUUGGGAGAAGUCAUACAAAGAGAGCAGCAUUGCAUCACUCUCUAAAAUGAAAAGUGAAGAUUUAUAAAUUAUAAUCCAUCAGGAUGGAAGGGUUAAGCAUCCCCGGCAGCCAAUGUUACUGGUUUGAAGAAGAAGCAUAAAGCAGUCCGGCAUGUGUAAGCGAGUCAUUGAUGUGUACAAGUAUACAAAAUUGGGACAUUGUUGUAACUGAUGUGAGUUUUGAUAUGUGAUUGCCAAUGACUACAUUGUUUGUAUGUCACUUUGUCAAUUUACCUCCCUUUGGAAUAUAUAUAUAUGUAUAUGUUUCGUAAUGACCAGAGAAUGCAGCCAGGGUUUUGUAUGCUGGUGGAAGGGGCAACUUAUUUUCCAAGUUAUUUUUUUAUUUUAUUUUAAAAACCUGUAUGUACAUAAAAAGCUAACAUAUAUGCAGAGGCUACUAAUCUA